CACAUGUGCGCGCCGACGGUCUCGUGACUUCAGCAUGGCGGUGUUUGCGGAUUUGGACCUGCGAGUGGGCUCGGAUCUGAAGGCACUGCGCGGACUCGUGGAGAACGCCGCUCACCUUGGCUAUUCAGUUGUUGCCAUCAACCACAUUGUUGAAUUUAAAGAAAAGAAACAGGAAAUUGAAAAACCAGUAGCCAUUUCAGAACUCUUUACAACUUUGCCAAUUGUACAGGGAAAAUCAAAACCAAUAAAAAUUUUAACUAGACUGACAAUUAUUGUUUCGGAUCCAUCUCACUGCAACGUUUUGAGAGCAACUUCUUCGCGGGUCCGGCUGUACGAUAUUGUUGCAGUUUUUCCAAAGACAGAAAAACUUUUUCAUGUUGCUUGUACACAUUUAGAUGUGGAUUUAGUCUGUAUAACUGUAACAGAAAAACUACCAUUUUACUUCAGAAGACCGCCUAUUAAUGUGGCAAUUGACCGAGGUGUGUGCUUUGAACUGGUCUACAGCCCUGCCAUCAAAGACUCCACAAUGAGAAGGUACACAAUUUCCAACGCCCUCAGUUUGAUGCAGGUCUGCAAAGGAAAGAAUGUAAUUAUAUCUAGUGCUGCAGAAAGGCCUUUAGAAAUAAGAGGACCAUAUGACAUUGCAAACUUAGGGUUGCUGUUUGGACUCUCCGAGAGUGAGGCCAAGGCUGCGGUGUCCACCAACUGCCGAGCAGUGCUUCUCCACGGAGAAACUAGGAAAACUGCUUUCGGAAUUAUUUCCACAGUGAAGAAACCUCGGCCAUCAGAAGGAGAUGAUGAUUCUCUUCCAGCUUGCAAAAAAGCCAAGUGUGAAGACUGAGAAGAACCUCCCUGUCCCCGUCAACACUCCCCACUUCCCUGUUAUAGUCCAUCAGCCACAACAGAAAUGAAGCCUUUGUAUGAGUUGCUGUUUUCACGUGGAGCUAGGAAUCGGUAGUCUCUCAAAACGAUUUUAUGUUCAGGCCAUUAAACUCACAAACAAAACCUGGUGAAGCAUUAAAAUAAAAGAUUCAGCUUGAUGAAUUCAGAUACUAUAUUACAAGAGAAAAGCAGUCUAUAGUUAAUAUUCUUUGUGUAAAUGAUAAAACAGCAGGUAUAAAUUAGAUGUUUUGAUAUUUCAAGACUUUUUAAAAAUGUGUUUUGUUCAUUUAAAAACUCAUGCGUCUCUGCUUUACUUGAUACACACUGUGUUUUCAACCUUACUACUCAAAAAGUGGUUGUUUUUUCAGGACUAUUAAAACUUAUAUUAAGGGAUUGGCUUUUAGUUAGUCUGUUCUUUUAAGCUUCUUUUAUUAUGUUCAUCAGGUCAAAGUUCUUUCUAAAAGGACUUGCUGUAAGGGCUGUGGAAGAAGGAAGUGCACCUGACGUCACAGUGGGCCUCUUCCUUCGCUGCUGCUUGCUCCAUGAUGUCCUGGGAACAGGACUCUCCCCUUUGCCUUGGAAGCCCCUGAAAACCUAAUACUGAUUUUUGCUAACAGUUAUAUUAAGAAUAUCAAAGCAUUAGAUUUAACCAACUUUGGAAAUAAUUUUUUAAGAGGAGGAUUAUUGUAUUAGGUAGAAGUAGCCUUUUUUGCAAAUAUCUGCAUUUUUGCUAUUGAUAUCAAUAAUUCUUUAACUGAGAAAAAGAACAGAGUCGGAAAAGAUCAUUUCAAAAAGAAGUCUAUAUAAGUCUCACUUGUGAAUACAGAUGCUGAAAUAAAAUAUUGGUAAAAAGAAACCAUUAAAACAGUAUACCAUGACAAGGUGAGAUUUAUUCUAGGAAUCUAAGAAUAUUUCAGUUCUUUUUUAAUGUUCUAUACUUUAUAUUAAU